CUGGCCCAGUCCAGCCCAGGCUAGCUUCCUGCAGCCUCCUACAGGUCAGGAGCCGGGGACAAAGAAGUCCUAGAGGAGGGGACAGGAGAUUGCGGGGGGACAGAAGGAUGCUGCAGCUGAGCCUGUCCCGGCUGGGACUGGGGCCCUGGGCAACCUCUCCUUGGCAACUUCUGCUGCUGGCAGGGGCUUCCUGGCUCCUGGCCCGCAUGCUAACCAGGAUCUAUGCUUUCUAUGACAACUGCUACCGCCUCCGAUGUUUCCCGCAGCCCCCCAGACGGAACUGGUUUUGGGGUCACCUAGGCCUGGCACAGAGCAACGAAGAAGGCAUGCGGCUGGUGGAGGAGCUGGGCCACUGCUUCCGCGAUGUCCACCUCUGGUGGGUCGGGCCCCUCUACCCCGUCCUGCGGCUUGUCCACCCUAAGUUCGUUGCCCCCCUGCUCCAGGCCCCAGCUGUGGUUGCACCCAAGGAAAUGGCUUUCUAUGGCUACCUGAGACCCUGGCUGGGGGAUGGACUCUUACUGAGUGCCGGUGACAAGUGGAGCCACCGCCGGCGCCUGCUGACACCUGCCUUCCACUUCAACAUCCUGAAGCCCUACAUGAAGAUUUUCAACCAGAGUGCGGACAUCAUGCAUGCCAAGUGGCAGCGGCUGAUCUCAGAGGGCAGCACCUGUCUGGACAUGUUUGAGCACAUCAGCCUCAUGACCUUGGACAGUCUGCAGAAAUGUGUCUUCAGCUUCGACAGCAACUGUCAGGAGAGGCCCAGUGAAUACAUUGCCGCCAUCUUGGAGCUCAGUGCCCUCAUAGUGAAACGGCACCACCAGAUCUUACUGUACUUGGACUUCCUGUACUACCUCACUCCUGACGGGCGGCGCUUCCGCAGGGCCUGUGAUCUGGUGCACGACUUCACAGAUGCCAUCAUCCAGGAGCGGCGCUGCACCCUUGCUGCCCAGGGUGUUGAUGACUUCCUCAAGGCCAAGGCCAAGUCUAAGACCGUGGACUUCAUUGAUUUGCUCCUGCUGUCCAAGGAUGAAAAUGGGAAGGAGUUGUCAGAUGAGGACAUACGAGCGGAGGCUGACACCUUCAUGUUUGGAGGCCAUGACACCACGGCCAGUGGUCUCUCCUGGGUCCUGUACAACCUGGCGAGGCACCCAGAGUACCAGGAGCGCUGCCGGCAGGAGGUGCGAGAGCUGCUGAGGGACCGUGAUCCUAAAGAGAUUGAGUGGGACGACCUGGCCCAGUUGCCCUUCCUGACCAUGUGCAUCAAGGAGAGUCUGCGGUUGCACCCCCCAGUGACAGUCAUCUCCCGCUGCUGCACCCAGGACGUGACGCUCCCCGACGGCCGGGUCAUCCCCAAAGGGAACGUCUGUGCCAUCAGCAUUUUUGGGAUCCAUCACAAUCCGUCAGUCUGGCCAGACCCUGAGGUCUAUGACCCCUCCCGCUUCGACCCGGAAAACCCCCAGAAGAGGUCACCUCUGGCUUUUAUUCCCUUCUCGGCGGGGCCCAGGAACUGCAUCGGGCAGACGUUCGCCAUGAGCGAGAUGAAGGUGGUGCUGGCGCUGACGCUGCUGCGCUUCCGAGUCCUGCCCGACGACACCGAGCCGCGCAGGAAGCCGGAGCUGAUCCUGCGCGCCGAGGGCGGGCUCUGGCUGCGCGUGGAGCCGCUGGGCGCCAGCGCGGAGUGACCCGCAGAGGCCUGUAGUGGGACGACAGACCCCUCUCACCCACCUUUGCAGAUUCCUAGGAAUAAAAUGGUUGUCGUCUGUGCUUGACUUCAACGAGCGCCAGCAGGGGGCGCAGAGGGACAGCGGCGAUCUGGGGGGUGGGCGUGGGUGGGGCAGUCGCGCUGAUGGCGAGUUCUCCCAUUGCUCAAAUAUGGAUUUCAUUGUGUGGGCCAAAGGGAACCUUGGCAGGUGUUUGAACAGGAGUGGAACCAGGAUUAAGGGCCAUGUCGAGACUCUGAGAUAAUGGAGACAGUUGGUGGCACUAACAUUCCGGCCACCCUGACCUCUCUCUUCUGAUUUUCUUAAUAUACGCAAUCUUUUCUCACCUCAGGAUUUUUACUGUUUCUAUGGUUUACUAAAUUACUGUUUAUUAAAUCUAACAAGCCUGGUGUUUUACA